GAUUUUUGAUGAGAAGGUUGUAGCAAUCAAGCAGCUCAAUCCGAAUGGGCUGCAGGGGACUCAUGAAUUCCUGGUCGAGGUUCUUAUGUUGAUAAUGUUGCACCAUCCAAACCUCGUCAGCUUGAUUGGCUACUGCCAUGAGAGGGAUGAGAGGCUCUUGGUUUAUGAGUACAUGCGACAGGGUAGCUUGGAAAAUCACCUAUUCGAUCUGCCGCCUGGUAAAGCACCACUUGAUUGGAACACGCGGAUAAAGAUUGCUGUUGGUGCUGCAAAAGGGCUCACCUAUUUGCAUGAUGUGGUCAACCCACCUGUUAUCUAUCGUGACUUAAAAUCUUCAAAUAUAUUAUUAGAUGAUGACUUCAACCCUAAGCUCUCUGACUUUGGACUAGCCAAACUUGGACCUGUUGGUGACAACACUCACGUUUCAACAAGGGUGAUGGGGACCUAUGGCUAUUGUGCUCCUGAUUAUGCUACAAGCGGCAAGCUGACUGUGAAGGCUGAUGUAUAUAGCUUUGGUGUGGUGCUGUUGGAGCUGAUCACUGGUCAGAAGGCAUUUGACUUAUCAAAGGAAUCAGGGGAGCAAAAUUUAAUUAAAAGGGCGCAUCCAUUUCUCAGUGAUAGGAGGAAGUUCACUCAACUGGCUGAUCCAUUACUGCGAGGGCGUUACCCGCUCCGUGCCUUUUACCAGCUAGCUGUCAUCACCUCAAUGUGUCUUCAUGAGAGGGCUCAUAUUCGCCCCACCAUGCAUGAUGUGGCUGUUUCCCUCGACCAUGUAGCAUCUCAGCCCUACAUAUCGGAGUCCAAACGCAGGAUCCGUAGCUCCCCCUCCUCCCCUAUGCCAGUACCUCCACCAAGAACUGCCGGUGCUCCUGAAGCACCAGUCUGGGAUGGUUUGAAGGGUUAAUCGCUUUCUUAAUGAAAGCAAACUCAUUUGUUCUCAAAAGAAAUCACAAAAAAGAAAAAAGAAAAAGAAAAAAUUUAGGAGUUAGCUUUGGCAAUACCAGUAUUAACCACAUGCUAUGCACAUGGUUUAUCCAAGAGAAGGGAACAUUUGAUGGAUGACUGUGAUCUUAUUGAUCAAGAUUAUGUGAACUAUAUUUAUAUCAACUCCCUUUCAAAGCUCA